AUGCUUAUCGGCUUAUGUGGAGGGAUCUGUGCGGGCAAGCAUGCCAUUGCCGAGUACUUGAUUCAACACCAAGGAUUUCAGCUCUUGGAGCUAGUUAAUCGACCGCAUCAUCGCAUCACUGACGAGCCAGAUGACGAUCUGCGGCUCCAAGCCUCGGAGAUCAAAAAGAGUGGAGAACAGGCGAAGUUUGUGUUUAACACUGUCGAAGCUUUCGUAGACUUUGUGACCAAAAGGUGGCAGGAACGCUGGGUGACUACGGACAUCGCGGACGGUCCGACCCUGGAUCGCUUUCUGCUGCGGCCCUUUUUCCUCCUCGUGAGCGUGGAUGCUCCAGUCAGCCUUCGCUGGAAACGAUUCUCCGACAGAUGCUGGCGAAGACAACUAGACCCGCCAGACCUCGAGAAAUUUGUCCUAUGGAAUGAUCGCCACCUUUACCAAAAGGAUAUUGGGCGUGUCUACCUCACAGAUCGGGCCCAAGUGCGCCUUUUCAAUUCCUCUUCAUCUGUAGACGAGCUUCACCAAUCACUCCAGAGACUGAAUCUAGCGGAUGAGCAACGACUGCGACCAAAUUGGGACCAAUAUUUCAUGCAGCUGGCAUCUCUUGCUGCACAGAGAAGCAAUUGUAUGAAGCGACGAGUGGGAUGCGUUGUUGUUCGAGAGCGGCGGGUCAUCAGCACAGGCUAUAACGGGACUCCUCGACAUCUCCCCAACUGUAAUGAAGGUGGAUGUCCCAGGUGCAAUCGUGGCGAUGGCGGUGGAGUUGGUUUAUCCGCCUGUCUAUGCCUCCAUGCCGAAGAGAAUGCACUGCUAGAAGCCGGUCGAGAGCGUAUUCGAGAAGGCGCAAUCCUCUAUUGUGAUACGUGCCCGUGCUUGACUUGUACCGUCAAAAUUACUCAGGUCGGCAUUUCAGAAGUAGUCUACUCUCAAAGCUACAACAUGGACAAAGAGAGUGCUGCCAUUCUUGAGGCUGCAGGUGUACGCUUACGACAAUUUAGCCCGAUUACCAGCUUUUGCUUUCUGGCAGAAUUAUUCAUCAUGCCCACUGUUCACCUCUUGGACUACGUUGCGGGUAACAUCCGCUCUCUGGUCAAUGCGAUCAAUCAAGUCGGAUACGAGGUGGAAUGGAUCAAGUCCCCCGAGGAUGUGAAGAAUGCGGAUAAAUUGAUUCUCCCUGGCGUCGGCCACUUUGGACAUUGCCUCUCACAACUCGACAAAGGCGGCUUCCUAGGCCCAAUCCGGGAACACAUUGACGCGGGCAAGCCAUUUAUGGGCAUUUGCGUCGGUCUGCAGGCACUCUUUCAGGGUUCUGAAGAAGACCCCAAUGUCCCAGGAUUGGGUUUGAUUCCCAUUCGCAUUCAAAAAUUCGAUGAUUCGACCAAGAGCGUACCGCACAUCGGCUGGAACUCGGCUUUGAACACCGGAGCCGCGUCGAAGGAGCAAAGCUUUUACGGACUGAGGCCAUCAAGCAAGUACUAUUAUGUACACUCAUAUGCAGCACUUUACGAGGCUGGUGUUCUUGAGAAAGAUGGUUGGUCUGUCGCCACGGCCACCUAUGGCGAGCAGGAGUUCAUCGGUGCAAUCAGUCGAGACAAUAUUUUUGGCGCCCAGUUCCACCCUGAAAAGAGCGGCGUGGCGGGAUUACGGGCGAUCCGGGCUUUCCUGACAGGGGACCAAUUCCAGUCACUCCCCCGAGAGUUGGUUGCUGGCAAAGCAGAUGGACUGACUCGGCGCGUUAUUGCCUGCCUUGAUGUGAGGACCAACGAUUCCGGUGAUCUUGUCGUUACAAAAGGAGAUCAAUAUGACGUGCGUGAAAAGAGCGGAGCAGACGCUGGUGGCCAGGUCCGAAAUCUGGGCAAACCCGUUGAUAUGGCCAAGAAGUAUUAUGAACAGGGGGCAGAUGAGGUGACAUUUUUGAACAUCACUUCCUUCCGAAACUGCCCGCUUGUGGACACACCUAUGCUUGAGAUCUUACGCCGAACUUCUGAAACAGUGUUUGUGCCUUUAACCAUCGGUGGUGGUAUCAAAGACACGGUCGACACUGACGGCACCCGCGUCCCUGCGCUGGAUGUGGCAACAAUGUAUUUCAAGUCUGGAGCAGACAAAGUCAGCAUUGGUUCUGAUGCUGUCUUUGCCGCGGAAGAUUAUUAUCUAGCUGGUAAGAAGCUGAGCGGUCUCACUGCGAUUGAGACCAUCUCCCAGGCCUAUGGAAAGCAAGCUGUGGUGGUGAGUGUAGACCCCAAGCGUGUCUAUGUGGACCGACCUGAGGACACUAACCACCACACGAUCAAAACCGCAUCUCCCAAUGCUGCGGGACAAAGCUAUUGCUGGUACCAGUGUACUGUCAAAGGCGGCCGGGAAACUCGCGACAUGGAUGUGCGACAACUGGUGCAGGCGGUGGAGGCCAUGGGAGCAGGAGAAAUCCUGCUCAACUGCAUUGACAAGGAUGGAAGCAACAGUGGAUUUGACUUGGAGCUGAUCAACGAUGUUAAAGCAGCCAUCAAAAUCCCAGUCAUUGCUUCCAGUGGCGCAGGAAACCCUGGUCAUUUUGCCGAGGUCUUCAGCAAGACGACUACGGAUGCCGCAUUGGGGGCCGGUAUGUUCCACCGUGGGGAAUAUACCGUGAGUCAGGUCAAGAACUAUCUGCAGGACGACGGAUUCUUGGUACGGCAGUUCGAAUCUGAGCUCUGA